AUGGAUGCAAAAGAUAAUGGAGCUUGUGGUUUCUUUGUACAGUUCUUCCCACCCCACUGCUCCUGCAAACAAUGUCCAGAAUACAGAACUCCUGAGAAGAUGAAACCGAUGAGUUCAGCUAACCUGCUUCUCUUGGCUGUGCUGCUGUUUACUUAUCUCUGGAAAGCUUUCUCCAUUAAUGUGCGCACAUGUGAUGGUUACCCUGGCCCAGGGGACCUGUAUCACUCAGGAUUUCAUUGCCCCCGCCUAAGUGAUUCAUCAGAGAACAUGUAUUGCUGCUGUCCUGGAAAUGACUCUCUGAAAUUCUGCUGCAGCCAGGAAGAAUUUGAAAUGCUAAUGAAAGUGAAUCUGUCAGAGGUGCUUACUACUUACAUACACAGGAGCCCUCUUCCCCUCCUUGGAAUUGGCUUCUACGGACUGCUGAUUUUGUCGCUGAUGAUUGUGGAUUUCCUCUAUUACUACAGACUGAACAAGAAUACCUUCUAUCACAUGCUGAGUCAUACUUGGAUAGGAAAGCAUUUAGUUGCCUCUCUUCUCCAUAGAAACGUAGGAGAUGGCAUUCAGCUGAAUAACAGAGAUGUGAAUGAAGCAGCUAAAGGAAAUAUGUCAGAGCAUGAGAAAUGUGAUAAGCAGAAACCUUUAGAAGGCAACGUGUGA